AUGCUUGUCUCCGCAAUCCCAGAGCACCUCCAGCAGUGCCCCCGAAAGAUAGCUGCCAAGACACCACCCGGCUUUCAACCUCCUUUCCCAGCUUAUAGUGCCAGCUUCCCCAAGGACACCAAAGAUCUCGUCUUUGCAGUCAUCGGUGCUCAGUACACCUCUGCAUCCAAGGCAGAUGGCGCCGCCGUCACGCAGCUGACGAAAUUCACCACCUCUAAGACCGUGGACGCCGAGGCCCGCCCUCAGUUCGCCGAGUGGGCGUCCGUCACCGACAACAAGGGCUGCUACAACAUUGCACACCUAGCUUACUGGCCGAGCAAGACAGCUUACGAGAAAUGGGCCGUCGACUCAGGGUUCCAACAAUGGUGGGAUGACCUGGACGUCGAGUCACAAAGCCACGGAUGGUUCCUCGAGAUCUUUUUCCCGACGAUUGACCGAUUCGAAACUGUAUUUUCCAACAACGAGGUGCCCGAAGGUGCGGCACAUAUGAGGGAAUGCGUCAGGGGCCCGAUCCAGGAGCAUGUGUACUGGGGUAGCAUGCGUGAUCGCAUGGCUGCCGCCCAGGAUGACGAGCUUGCAGGAGAAAAGGUUGAUCGACCGACGACGACCUCCAAUACCAACGGCACGGAAACCAACGGAGACGCAAAAAAGCCAUCUCGUAGAGUCAAAGUCGGCGGCAAGCACAACUUGGCCGUCAUUCGCUCCGGCCAAGACUGGUCCGACACUUUGCCCGAGGAGCGAGAGCUCUAUCUCAACACUAUGCACCCGGUUCUGAUCAAGGGGAUGAACUUUUUGCGCGAUCAAGGAGAGGAAGUCGGUUGUCACAGCUGCCGAUUUAUGGAUCUAGUUGAUCCCGUAACGGGCAAGGCCGAUAAGGAUCGCACCUUUGGACUGGCGUUCUUCGAUGAGCUAGGCUCGCUGGAAGGAUGGGCCAAGCAACACUCAACACAUCUGGAAAUCUUUGGAGGCUUCUUGCAAUAUGCGAAGAAGCUCGAGAAUAACGUCUCGCUUCGCCUCUUCCACGAAGUGCUAGUACUCAAGCCUGAGCAACAAUUUUUCGAGUACGUUGGCUGCCAUCCGGGCACCGGUUUGCUGGCCAUAGUCUAG